CAACAAUCUUAGACAUCUUCAUUAUGAAGGGAAGAUCAAGCAGGAAUGAGUUGACCGAACCAGGAAAUAACUCGCAAAACCCAGAAACUUCUUCUCCAAACGGACACACAGCGACAGAUGUGAUUGACGAUGAUGACCUGUGUCCGAUAUGCGUUCAGCUACUCUACAGGCCAGUUCGAACGGCCUGUAAUCAUACAAUGUGCGAGCACUGUAUGGCAUACUGGGUCGAUGUUUGUAUCUCCUCCCAAAUGACCAGAGACAGCUUCGACGUCCAAACGCUCGUGCUUCCGUCUGAGGCGAUCAAAUGUCCUAUGUGUCGAACAUCGACGACGGCCACUCUGGAUCCUGACCGCGAAGUCACCUUGCGAACACGAUACCCCAACAUCUACGUAGCGCGUGAGGUUGAAACAAGACUAGUUCGUGCUUACGCUGAAUCGAAGAACACCCAUGAUUGGAAAUUCUUCCUAAGACUUUCAAGCACAGACAUGAUCCAAGAAGUGCAGGUAAUGCUGGUAAGUUCGGCAUGCUCUUCUUUCGCAGGGGAUUUGACAAUCUACCCUUCCAGCAUCCUACUUUUCACAAUCCACGAAUUGUCUUGCGGUCCCCACCGUACGAGAUUCGCCGCCUAGGGUGGGGUGAGUUUCUCAUUGUCGCCAAUGUUGUCCUCAAGGUAGGCUGUGCUUGGGUCAUUCCACCCGGUAUAGAUGUGCGUGAUACAGGUAUUUUGGGGAGAAAUUUAACCUUGGAAUGGAAGUUGGACUUUCGUGACCAAGGUUCUCAUAUAAAUUUUACGUGGAAGGUGAAAAAGGAGAGAGAGGCUCCAGAAGUCGAAAAUGAAGAGCAGGUGGAAGAGCAAGAGCAUCUUGAAAAUGAAACAUAGGUUGAAGAACUUUGAGAAGUCUGGCUGAUCAUGCUGGACAGAGGUUAUUGAUUGGGAAGGCUCGGGGUUGAAACUGAUGCCUCUGAUCUGACUGCGACUCCACAUCCCUCGACUCAAGUGUUCUCUACGAAAUUCAACAAGACGUCAUAUUCUCUUGGGCGUAUUCUGGGAUUACCGAAUACGAGGUCCCAUGCGCAUUUGAGACUUCGUGGGCUGUUCAAAAUAUACGAGCUCGGCAAAUGAUAGGUCGCGCGACGUUGUACUCCGUACAUACGGCUCUAUUCUCGUCCCUGGGAAAUUUCGAGGUGGCCGGAAAUGGUUCUGCCUGGCUCAGACUCUCCCGCUUACGCAACCUGGACCCCUGGCAAGGUCCCGAACAUUACGCGGCCUCGUUGCUACAACGCCCGGACCAAAUCCAUUUUACGGCAUAGGAGGAUUCGAGUGCCCUAUGAUUUGGUUCCAGAAAUAUAUGCCUCCAGAAGUCCAUGCACGAAUUAUUCCCUUCUGGGAAUUCCUUGCCAGCCGGGCUGAAGCCAAAAACGUAGAUUCCUCGAUGGACAGUCAACACAGCCCCUAUGGUCGUAUUCGAGUUCAAAAUACGAUAAAGCUUACACAGAGAGAGAGUAAACAUUACUUAUGGCAUUCUUGCAGAUAUACACCUUCGUCGGCAGUCCAUGAGGGUGGUUGUCUCAAUACAAGUUUUUCACCUACUGCCAUCUUCAAGUCGAGCUAGGAACUCUUUUCCCUCGGGAGAAACGGAACCAGACCACUGAAAGCUCAAUCUCAGACCAUAGCAAUCCAUCAUGCAGAACAUCUCAACCGCGAUCACUAUGAGUGAUUCUCAACGACCGUCCCUCAGUGACAGCCAAUCGACUCUGGUGUCAAUAUCUCCAGUGAAAGAAAAGCCCCAGCCACGUUCGUCCUCUACAGAAGCGCCAGUGAAGCGGCCACAAAGGAAAAUGAAUCCGCGUCCUAGUCCUAAUCCCCCAACGGGACACUCGCCUCGGGUGAAGAAGACCUUGCUCUCUGAGAAUUUGGGCACUCAAAUGACGGCGUCCUUGAUCUCCGGUGGAAAAGACAUGGAAGCUAUGGAUAUUGCCCAACGACUGAAGCAUCUUCAAGCACAGGACCAAUCACCACCAGUCUAUGUAACAACACAGGAAAUGACGAACGAUAUCCUAGACCACACCGGACCCGAAACAAUGAUCGCAGCCUCAAUAAAAGCCACCGAAGUCGACCCCACAUUUCUCAAUUCCACCAAAAGGCCAAAGGAUAUCAAUACCUUCACACUGCAUGACUUUGCAGCCAUUUCGGCGCUGGGGUCACUGGUAGAGAAAUUUGGUCGAGUCUCCCAUAUGGGAGUGCUGGACCCAUCGUACAGCUUCUUCCUGAGUAAAGAUCUACAGUCAGCCCUAUACUACAAAGUCUUGAACAACAUUGCAGUGAUUGGCGGUGAUCCUCUAUGUUCUCCAAACCAGUAUGAUAACCUCCUCCAGGAGUUUCGCCGUUUGCGAAAGCGCCGUGGUUGGGGCGUCGCGUUCCUCGGCACAACGGACAAUUUCUUACCAUACGCAGAACAGAAAAAAUGGGUGACGAUGCGUUUUGGGACUGAGAGGGUCCUCAAUCCACUUGACAACCCUAUACUCCAAGAGAAGGAAGGCAAGAGGGUGAUCACCCAGAACAGACAACUUCUCGACCCCGGAAGAGGUGGGAUCUCGGUCCAUGUCUACGUUCCCAGUCAAGGUCGCGAUGAAGUACUCGAGCAAAACCUUCGACAUGUUUACGAUUCAUGGAGGGACGUUCGCAAUCAAUCGUCCCGCCCACAAGCGUACAUGACGGUGUUUGACCCUUUUGCCAUCCCACCCUUGAUGACCUACAUCUACACAACGGACCGUGACGGACAGUGCAAUGGCUUUGCGGCGUUGAGGAAGAUCGGGGCCAACAAAGGUUACCACAUUGAUCCGUACUGUGCGUCGCCGACAGCGCCAAAGGGCAUCACCGACCUACUCGUCUUUUCGGCCAUGUCACUGCUCCGGCAAGCUGGUAUUGGGUAUCUGAGCUUUGGGUUCGAGCCGGCAACAGAACUCGGCGCCAUCACGGCGCUCUCGAGACCUACGACGGCCGUUACCAGGUCAUGCUAUCGGCGCGCGUUCCGUCACCUACCCAUAGGUGGGAAGCACGCUUAUCACAACAAGUUCCGUCCCGAUCCGAACCUGGAUUCGGGCUUGUACAUCAUCUACCCUGAGGGAGCACCAAGCAUACAACACGCGUUGGCCACGUUGCACAUUGCCAAUAUCAAAGUCAGAGGUAUUUUGCGUGCAGAAUUGUUUCGAUCUUCGCCAAAAACACCCAAGACGAAGACGAGUGAAGGAGGAACAGAAGAACAAAAAGGGGUUUCGAACUCGAACAACUGACUCGACACCGAGGACGAGGUUUGCAAGUGGAAUUUUGGUGCAAAAAAAGGCCACGAUCCCAAUGUACUGUUGGACGUGUAACAAUGGGACUGUCAGAAAAGAUUAGUAGUUGGGUAAGGUGUUAAUAAGCCGGUGAUUUCUUUAUCUUCUUUAUUUUCUUUUUUACACGAAGCAGGCAUGCAGGCAUUACAUAUUCUAGGCAAGGUAGCGGAACACAACGACUUCAAUGAUGGAAUGUAUUGAGUAGGUAUUCCUUGUAUGGUAUUUAUCCUUUUUUUGAAACACAACAAAGA